AUCUUUCGAUAAACCACUCCGGAAUACCCCGUAGAUGAAAUCCUGCCGGUAUGCUCAUCCAAAGACACCGCUCUCAGUGGCUCUAGGUUCUUUGCCCAAGUGCCAGACACGCAAACAAAGGCUUGGCAGCUGCGGUCCCGUUGCGCGGCCAAAAAACCGAGUCGAGAGCAACGAGAAAUUCAGUGUAUCUUUUGCUUUUUCACGUCUGCCUCUAAGACUGCACCAGGCGACUGCAGUCGGCUCUUGACUUUUUCGACUCUUUUAAAUGGCUUCUGCUGCGGCGAUACCAAUGGCUUCCACCCGAAGAGGCGAAGCGGCCACAUCUGCGGCGUCUUCCUCCGCAGGAUGCCAAGGAUCUACGCGCCUCGUCGACAUCGGGUGUUUCAUUCUUCGAGGUGACGGACUGCUGGUCGCAGACCCCCUGUCAGUGGGGGGCACUCUCGAUGCCGCGAUGGCCUCCGGAGGCCCGACUGUACGUACACCGGGAGCGGCUCCGACCUUCGCAGAAAAGAAGUUCGGCUCGACACAUCACGCGCAGGCGCCGCUGCCUGCUCUGCCGCAGGGCAGUCUCGUCCUCGACUUUGUCGCUCCUGGACUGUGGGGAGUCCUCGCGGGCGUCGAGCGCAUGCAGCCGAUGGGCGGGAACGGCGAUUUCUCUCUUCUAAUGGACGAUGGCACUUCAGUGAAUGUUCUCUUUCUCCUCAACAGCGCCCACAUGCAGAUGCAGCAGGCAGAACUGAGUCUGCUGCAGAGCCUUCCGUGGGAGCUUUUCGAGAGUUGCCAGAGAAACCGCGUUUCCGUCACCAGUGGACAGCUCGGCGUCUUCACAAAGCACAGCUUGGCAGAUGCCCAGGAGGCCAUGUCCCGGGCCAGUCCACAAGCUGCACAGGCACAGGCUUCGUUUUGGUACAAUCGCGCAUGCGAACUCACCUGCAGUGAAGAUCAAGUGGGCAUUUUGGAUGUUGCUGGCGGCCCUCUGGGCUGCGUCUCGGCGACAGGCAUCUCCGAGGAGGGGAGUUAUCCGAUCUACGUGGUUCGGAGUCCAGAAAGCGAAGAGAUUUGGGCCGUGAAAGUUGAAUUCUUGUCCUCUUGACCUCGCUCUCUCGCCUCUGUGGCUCGCCAGCUGCGGCGUGUGGCUUGGGGUUCCAGCCUGUGAAACUCCCGACUCUUGUCGUUCUUUGCCGACGCUCGCGGCCUCAAGCAGAGCCUUGUUCCGGUUCUUCUCUCCGUCCUUUCUCCGUGGCCAGGCGUUUCGCCAGAACACACGCCCUGCAUGCAGGCGAGGAAAGCGACUCGCGCGUGCACACACUUCUUCGGGAGAACUGCGUCGGUCGAAAGGUCGGCCGCUGCCGCGUCUGUGGAGCCUUUGCAGCUUUUUUUCCUAAGUGGCUUUCUCGCGUUGCUUGGAUUUCUCAGCGUGGAGAGAGGAGGAAGUGACCGGAGAGGGGAGCACAGGCGGUAGAAAGGACGAGGGAGAAGGAGAGCCCAAAGAGGCAUUCGGUGUGGUGCAUUGUCGAACUCGCCUGCGCAGGAGAAGGCACCGACAGAGAUGGAAACGCCGAGGCAGGCAAAAAAACCGGCGCCAGGCGAGAAGACGCACAGAAGGAAGCGGCGAAAAGCUGCUUGAAGAGUGCGUGACUUGCGAGUCUCCCUGUUUUUUACAGGAGAUGUGUUUCGAAUCUCACUCUAUACGUAGAGCCUUGUAGGGAUACCGCACCAUACAUAAAAAUAUAGCGAAAUAUUGACAAGUCCAGAAAUCUACAGGAAAUUCAGUCGGGAAUGUUGUGUGCAUGUGCGAGAUGCCCAGGGCGUCUUGGGCUGCGUAAAAAAAGCGCGCAAUACAGUGACCGGGAGCGACUUCGAGAGUGCAGAGUCUCCAAGCGGUUUCUGUGCAGAGCAUGCAGACGCCUGCGGCUCUCCACCGUCCGGUGUAUGUACAGUCCACGAGACUGCGUCUAUGCGUAUCGAUAUGUGGGUCUAGUUCUGUCCAUCUGCUGAAGUGCUUUCAAAGAUGCGCGAGGGUGAACUUGUGCGCUUGCGUAUGAACUCUGUUUGUUGUGAAUCAAACACCCGAGGAGGUUCGCGGAGCCCUGAAUGUUUCGUUCUUUGUCACUGAUAUACGUACACUCAAAUGGUGUACUCAGCUGCCGUCCGCUGCUGAACUUGCAAUGGGAAGCCCACGGCCGUUGGUACGCCGCUUGCCGUCCGUCUCACGAUGUAUAAAUUCAUAACGCCUUUAGCUGCCGUACACACUUCAGUGAGCUGGCGGUGAACAGCAAUCAUGCGAACUUAGUGAUCUAUCUCACAGCAGGACUCCUGUUUAGGACCCCGUCUGCGCCUCGAUACACGCACUUCACUGUCUGCUUUCACCCG